AUGGAAAAAUCCAAAAAUUUCCGCAUCGACGCCCUGCUGGCGGUGGAUCCCCCACGAGCCGCCUCCACUCAAAGCGCGCCGCUGGCCUUGGUCACUUCGCUCGCGGCCACAUCAUCUGGCCCCAGUCGAGGCGGCAGCGCUGGCGGGGGCACCAGUAGCGGGGCGAGUCGCAGCUGCAGCCCUGUGUCCUCGGAGGCCACCACAACGCCCGGCGACCGGCUGCGGGCUGAGAGUCCGUCGCCCCCGCGCUUGCUGGCUGCGCACUGCGCUCUGCUGCCCAAGCCCGGAUUCCUGGGUGCCGGAGGAGGCGGCGGCACGGCGGGUGGGCCGGGCACUCCGGUGCACGACGCUCUUCCGAUCUCGACUUGCUGCUCGGGGGGCGCGCAGGGCGGCGCAGGCCUCCCCGCACAGGCGGCUCUCUACGGUCACCCGGUCUACGGUUACUCGGCGGCAGCGGCGGCAGCCGCACUGGCGGGCCAGCACCCUGCGCUUUCCUACUCCUAUCCUCAGAUGCAAGGCGCGCACCCCGCGCACCCUGCCGACCCCAUCAAGCUGGGUGCCGGCACCUUUCAGCUGGACCAGUGGCUGCGCGCGUCCACCGCGGGCAUGAUCCUGCCCAAGAUGCCAGACUUCAGCUCCCAGGCGCAGUCAAACCUCUUGGGGAAGUGCCGAAGGCCUCGCACUGCCUUCACCAGCCAGCAGCUGUUGGAACUGGAACACCAGUUCAAGCUCAACAAGUACCUGUCCAGGCCCAAGCGUUUUGAGGUGGCCACCUCGCUCAUGCUCACCGAGACCCAGGUGAAGAUUUGGUUCCAGAACCGCCGAAUGAAAUGGAAACGCAGCAAAAAAGCCAAAGAGCAGGCUGCGCAGGAGGCGGAGAAACAGAAGGGUGGCGGCGGAGGCACCGUCAAAGGCUGCGCUGAGGAGAAGGCCGAGGAAGAGCUGCUGGGGCCGCCGGUACCUGGGGACAAGGGCAGCAGCCGUCGCCUGCGGGACUUGCGAGACAGUGACCCGGAUGAGGAUGAGGAUGAUGAAGAAGACGACCACUUCCCCUACAGCAAUGGCUCCGGUGCCCACGCCGCCUCGUCUGAGUGUUCAUCCGAAGACGACUCUCCUCCACCAAGGCCGGGUGGGCCCGGGCACCAUCCUCCGCCUCAGUAG